UAGGCUGAGUUAUUCCAGAAAAAAAAGGAGAAAAAAAAGCUGGCAGCAGACAUCCUGGACCGGGACAGACAACACAGCAGCAUAUAUUAGACAUACUGUCCACACAGCACUGAGGAGAUGGGGGACAAAACGGGGACCAGGGUCUUCAAGAAGUCCAGCCCUAACUGCAAGCUCACAGUUUAUCUAGGGAAGCGAGACUUUGUUGAUCACUUAGACCACGUAGAUCCAGUGGAUGGAGUGCUCCUUGUAGAUCCGGAGUACCUGAAGGAUCGAAAAGUGUUUGUGACUCUGACCUGUGCGUUUCGUUAUGGUCGAGAGGAUCUGGACGUCCUGGGCCUUUCCUUCCGGAAGGACCUGUACAUCAGCACCAUCCAGGCCUUCCCUCCUCUGCAGGAGAAGAAGAUGCCUCUGAGCCGCCUGCAGGAGAGGCUGCUGAAGAAGCUGGGUCAGCAUGCCUACUCCUUCCAUUUUACUAUCCCCCAGAACCUGCCCUGCUCAGUAACCCUCCAGCCGGGUCCAGAGGACACCGGGAAGGCAUGUGGUGUGGACUAUGAGCUUCGAGCGUUCUGUGCCAAGACUGCGGAGGAAAAAAUCCACCAAAGGAACUCUGUGCAACUGGUGAUCCGGAAGGUUCAGUACGCUCCAGAAAAGCCAGGUCCACAGCCCAUGGUAGAGACCAGUCGCAGCUUCCUGAUGUCUGAUAGAGCUCUACACCUUGAGGUCUCACUGGAUAAGGAGCUGUAUUACCAUGGUGAGCCCAUCAAUGUCAAUGUCCACGUCAGCAACAAUUCCACCAAGAGUAUCAAGAGGGUGAAGAUAUCUGUUCGUCAGUAUGCUGAUAUCUGUCUGUUCUCCAUGGCUCAGUACAAGUGUGCAGUUGCCCAGGUUGAAGCAGAUCACCAGGUUUCUCCCAGCUCCACCUCCUGCCAGGUCUACACUCUGACUCCGAUGCUGGGUGCCAACAGGGAAAAGAGAGGCCUGGCCCUGGAUGGACAGCUAAAGCAUGAAGACACCAACCUGGCCUCCAGCACCAUAGUGAAAGAAGGGACCAACAAAGAGAUGAUGGGGAUCCUGGUUUCCUACAGAGUCAAAGUCAAACUGGUGGUGGCUCGUGGAGGGGAUGUGGCAGUGGAACUUCCUUUUGUCCUGAUGCAUCCCAAACCAGACCAGCCCAGCCCCCAACCACAGCCAGUUGUUCCAGAGGCUGACGCUACUGUGGAUAACCUCAUAGAGCUUGGGACAAAUUCUUCCUCCCAGGCUGAUGACCUAGUGUUUGAAGACUUUGCUCGCCUGGGGCUAAUGGGGAUGAAGGAUGACAGCAACCCCUUCUGUUAGCUCCUCCUCUUCCUUUGCCAGCAGGGUUACGUGUCUGAGUGGAAGAUUACGAGAUGCCGCAAAUAGAUAGAGAACCCAAGAAGUGGACAGCAAAGCAAUACAGCCUCCUGAGUCUUACCACAUGCUUUAAUCAUAUCAUUUACUCUGUAAGGGCUACCAGAACUGGUUGUAUGUUAUGAGAUGUACCAGGAGCUCAGUGAGGCUACAGUAGCAAUCUGCUAAUAAGAGUAUUAUACACACUGCUGUGAUUCAGGAGCCAGGACACCUUUAAACCAAAAAAUAAUACUUGUAUUUUUUAUACUGAUAAUAGGUCAGCUGUUAUCUGGUUGAUCCUCAGCCUCUUUAUAAUCAUAUCAGUCUAAUGCAUUUUAUAUCUGGAGCAGAACAAGCCAGAGGGUAGAGUUCAAUAAACAGCAGGAAUAACUUUAUUUUUAUAGUUGAGGGUUUUUUUUGUUUGUUUGUUUGUUGGUUUGUUUGAUUUUUUUGCUGCUGGAAUCAGGGCCCAGUUGUUCAGAAUUAAUCUGAUGGGAUUUGAUCAAAUCUUGAAAACGGGUUGUUUAGGGGGAAUAAAGGAUUCUGAAAUUGGAUUUAAUCAUGUAAUCCAAUCUUGAUUUUGAACCGGAUCAAACUUUCUGUGUGCUUCAGCAUUUGCAAAGCCCUGUGGAUUCUUGCAAAUACCAUUACAAUCUCUCAGAGGAGCCAGAGGAACCUAAUUUUUUUUUACAGAAUAUCUGUCUCAUGUACUCCUGUCAGAAUAUAGCGACACUUAUGACAAAAAAUUUUUUUUAUAAACGUGUGAAACUGUAGCUUUAAAGCGACCAGCUGGUAGCCUACAUUGUGAUGUAUAGAGUCCCAUUUAGAGAAUGGUUAUCUGGGUUUGAUAAUAUUGAAAAGUUUGCAUCGGGAUCUGGUUGAUCCAAUCCAGUGUUGCCUUUACAAAACAGCACAAAAUUAAGAUGGAUUAGCUGAUCCUGGAUAGCAAAACAUGGGAUUUCCAAAUCCACGGGUCUCAUUUGUAAAUAUUGCGUAUGCACAAAACCAGGCCUGAAAGAGGCAUACGCCACUUCCCACGCAAAAGCUGUGAUCUAUAAAAACAGACUUGAUGGGAGAAACUUUGACCCGUGCUUACAAUUAUUAUGGAGAUGUAAAAUUGGUGACUCAGAUGGUUAGUUUGAAGCCUGAUUUUAGAAACUCUCAAAAUAUUUUUUGGCACACACCAUUUUUGGCUUUAGUCCGUACGUACAUUUUUAGUAUGGAUCCUACACAGUUUUUGAAAAUAAGAUCCCACAUCAUUAUAUCAUCAUCAUCAUAAUAUUAUUACUUUCAACAAUGUUGUUGUAAGCUACUGUCAUUACCUGCAUCUCUCUCUCUCUCUCUCUCUCUCUUUCUCUGUCUCAUUGUGUCAUGUGGAUUACUGUUAAUUUGUUAUGCUGAUCUGUUCUGUACGACAUCUAUUGCACGUCUGUCCGUCCUGGAAGAGGGAUCCCUCCUCAGUUGCUCUUCCUGAGGUUUCUACUGUUUUUUUUUCCCUGUUAAAGGGGUUUUUUGGGGAGUUUUUCCUUAUCCGCUGCGAGGGUCAUAAGGACAGAGGGAUGUCGUAUGCUGUAAAGCCCUGUGAGGCAAAUUGUGAUUUGUGAUAUUGGGCUUUAUAAAUAAAAUUGAAUUGAAUUGAAAUUGAAAUUGAUCAUUCUAAAGCCAGGUUACAUAUUUUGAACAACUGUGCCCAGAGCUUUGGCGUACAUUGAUCAUUCUGUCUGUACUGUAUCACCAUUUAACACACAAGUCAAAAAGCUAGACAAUCAAUCUCUCAACAGGCUCUUGUGUUUUUGUAUCUAUGAAGAUGCAUGAUUUUCUUGUUUUUUCCAUGGAGUUGUAAAUGUGAGCAGUGUAAAUGUUAAGUGUAAGCUAUCACAACUGUUAAUAUAAUCAAACCUGAGAUUUAUAAAACACUUAAAAUGCUAU